AUGCUCCUCACUCUGGCCUCUCCUUCGGUGGUGCUCGGAGGAGGCGUGCGUCUCGGCGUCUCGUCUCGUGCAGGAUUGGCUCUCAUGGCGACGCAGGACGAGCUGAAGAAGCAGGUGGGGUACAAGGCGGUGGACGACUACGUGAAGUCUGGCAUGGUGGUUGGCCUCGGCACUGGCUCCACCGCCGCCUUUGCCGUCGAGCGGGUGGGACAGCUGCUCAAGGAGGGGAAGCUGACCGACAUCGUCGCCAUCCCGACCUCGGUCCGGACCAAGGAGCAGGCCGAGGAGCUCGGCAUUCCGCUGACGACCCUCGGCACGCCCGAGUCGCGCUUCUCCAAGAUCGACGUCGCCAUCGACGGCGCGGACGCUGUCGACCCGCAGCUCAACCUGAUCAAGGGCGGCGGCGGCGCCCUCUUCCGCGAGAAGAUUGUCGAGGAGUGCGCCGACAAGUUCAUCGUCAUCGUCGACGACUCGAAGAUGUGCGACGGGCUCGGGCCGUCGUUUGCGCUUCCGGUGGAGAUCGCGCCUUUCUGCUGGGAGCACACGAUGCGCGCCAUCGCCGAGCUGCCUUCGCUCAAGGGCGGCAAGCCGCAGCUGCGCCUCGGCUCGUCCGCAAACAACGCCGUCGACGGAAAGGACCCCGCGGUCACCGACAACGGCCUCUACAUCGUCGACGUCUUUUUCGACACGCCGAUCGCCGACGCGCCAAAGGCGGCGGCCGAGCUCAAGGGCUUGUGCGGCGUCUUCGAGCACGGCCUCUUCUGCGGCAUGACCACCUCGGUCAUCAUUGCGGGCAAGGACGGCAUCAGCCAGAAGCCGUGAGGUCGCGGAGCCGCGGGCCUCGCGUUGUGUGUUCGCAUGUUUCUCGGUCGCGUCCCCGCCUUGCCGGCCGUCCCUGUUUGCCUCAUAUUUUAUUUUUUACGUGUCCCACGAGGUGGAGAGACAUU